CUUCUGUCAAUAAGGAAGUCGGAAAACAAGCUAACAUAACAGUGAUUGACAGGUCAGAUUAAUGAAUAUUCAUUGAGUACAAGCCCACUUUAUAUCUAGGCAGUUAGAGGGCCUGAACAUUAUUAAUACCUGACACAGUAUGAGUAGGGACUGAGUAGGUCUCAGAGUGAUAUUGACCUCAGUGAUACAACAGUACACAGUCCCCAGUGAGCAGGAAUGAAAUGAAGACUGAGAAUAAAAACAAUGAUACCUAACUCUACAUACUCUGUGAACAGCAGCUAUGUUACGGACACUAUCUUUGUUGGAAGGAGUGGGGUAGAGAACGCCUUUCUGGCCUUUUCUUUAGCAGUAGUGAUGGUUUUUUCCGUCUGUGGAAACCUUGCUGUAAUCGUGGCUAUAUUCACCAGCCGUAUUCUCAGAGAGGAACUGUCCAACAGGCUGACGAUCAACUUGGCCAUCACUGACCUGUCCAAUGGACUAGUGGUCAUAUUCAGCAGCCUUUUCUCUGUCAUCGCCGAUUCCUGGAGAUUUGGACCUGUGUACUGUGACUUAAUCUGUGCCAUCAACUAUUGCCUUAUAAUUACUUCUAUGUUAACUCUAUGCUUUAUAAGCUGCGACAGAUUCCAAGCCAUUACUUAUCCCCUCCAAUACAUCAACCGAAUGAAGCCGAUUCACAUAUACCUAAUGAUUUCCUACGCGUGGUUCCAAGGAAUCGUUUUUUCGGCGGUUCCCUCGGCUCUGGGAUGGGUGGAGUAUGACUACUGGGAGGCUAUUUGUGCCAUACAGUGGCAGAAGGAGCAGAAGCAGGCUGUGUACUAUGUGGUGGUGGCCUUUAUUCUGUGUUUUCUUCUCCCUGGACUUAUUCUGAUAUUCAACUAUUAUCUAAUCAUUAAACAAGUUAGAACUAAAGUGUCAUGCCCGGGAUUACCAAUCAGUGCAAAGUCGUACAGUACGAGUUCCAAAGCCAUACGCAGUCUCCUUAUCGUGGUCAUUGCGUAUUUUGUGUGUAUGACUCCAUUUAGUGUGACCAAACUAAUGAAAGUAACCAUUGCCCAAGAGACAGUGCUGAACAGCCAUUUCAAUUCUAUUGCAAGCAUUGUUGCUUUCAUUUCUAGUGCUGUCAAUCCAUUAAUUUAUGGAAUAUUUCGCAAAGACUUCAGAAGAGCAUAUAAGAGGAUAUUUGUUUCAAUAUGGGGGAAAAAAGAAAGAGUUCACAGCAUGCAAACAUCUUUGCAAGACUAUUCCUCAUAAUUCAUAUGUAAGUUUCAAUGCACUGUUAUAAGUGUUGUUCAACACUAAUAAAACUUUAAAAUUAUGA